GCUCCUCCCGCUAUCAUGCAGUGUCGCCGACGUCUGCGUCUUGCUUGCGCUCAUCGUUCAUGUUGCGACGGUACUGAUGAGGAUACUUGCUUUGCUGCUGGCUCUUCCGUUGAUCUCGGCCACGCGAACGGAGGAUAGCGACCUCUCUACCGUCGCGCCCUUCAUCUUCAACGAGCUCUCCUCCCUCCUCGCCCAAUGGCCCAACACCUGGCACCCUAACGGCCACUCUAUCAUACCAGGCACCCUGUCCCCUUACACUACUCUCUACCACGCCCGCAAAGACGACAUUCUGCCCACCCCCUCCCCCGAAUGGCUCGCCUUCGACCCCGAGAUGAGCUACGCGGUCAUGGCGAGCAAGAUUCCUGGGCCCACGUACCUGCGCACCUACCGCACGACCAGGCUAGCUAGGAUUCUGUACUUCAACGGCAUGUCCGCGGCGUGGGGCCCGGGAUGGUUGGACACGCAGCACGCGGUCAUGGCGGGGAAGGGGCUGGCGAACGCGACGCAGCCGGCGUGGUGGGAUGAUUAUGGGCGCGCGCAGGGGCUGUGCGAAUGGGGCGCGUCAAGAGGGGUGGAGGGGAUCGUGAGGAUGAAUGGGGGAUUCGAAGUGAUUUGGUGUAAUUUUUCUUCGCCAGCGCUUGAGCUUGUCAGCAACCUCAACAUAACGCCCCCCGACACGCAACCGGGUACCCUCCCCGAUUUCCCCUUCCCACCACCACCCGGUAGAGAGGUCGUACUACAGGACCUCCUGGAUCAAGAAAGCUUGCGCCCCGUGCCGGAUCCCCCGGAAGAUCGACCCCCACACCGCGGCCCACCCCACCGUGGUCCGCCUCGCCGCUGGUGGCAACCCGCUCCCCUCGCUCGUUCCGGAAACUAUGAAUGGCUUCGCGCCGCCUCCCGACGCCCCUUCAUCCCUCAGCCACACAUCACCCUCUUCCCCGCCUCCCUCGUCACCUUCUACCACCCGCGCCUCACGAGCCUAGCUCCCUCCCGCGUCAAUCACACCAUGACGGUGCACCGCGCGUGGGCGGAGGCCUCUGAUGCGGACGUGCAGAGCGUGCUGGACGAGCUGGACGAAGUCCUGUCGAGGAGUGAGGCAGAGAUGCGGGGCAGUGGGGUAGAUUGGCAAGGCCUUGCGCGGGACGUGGUGUGGGGGUGGGCGGAUAGGAUUGCCGAGAUGGAUGCGGUACUGAGUGGGCAGGCGGAGAAUGCAACGGAGACCGCUCUCCGGGUCCGCGCACUCGCGUACACGCCGCUCAGUCCGUAUAUGGCGCCGGGGACGCAGCCGGGUGCGUCGGGGCGGGAGCUCUUCGACGAGGCGGCGCGCGCGCGUUGCGAGAGCUUGGCAACGGGUUUCGCGAAGGGUGGCAUGCUGCUGACGGCGCAGGAGCAGCUUUUGCGCGAGAGUAUCGAUGUCGUCGUGCGUCGCCUUUGCGAUGACUUUGGCGCGCUUUUUGCGGAGAGCUGGGAUGUUGUCGCAACGGCGCGGAGUGGUUUGCAUGAUCGGAAGGGGACUGCGGGGAGUGAUGUCCAAGCUUGGCAAGCUCGCGUACGAGAUUUGGUUGCCUGGCUGGAUUGGCCGGCUUGGAUGCAGUGUAAGGAGGUUUGCGGGAGGGAGAGCGUCUGCACUGUGCCUGUUUGGCCUAUCGCGUGGGUGGGCUGGGGACGAGGGCAACAGGACGAGGCGAAGUUGCGCGAGCAGCUUCGGCCCAAGUGUAUGUCGCUGGGUGAUAUGGAAUGGCCGUAGACGAGUUCAGGUGGGUAUGUAUAGAGUCGCUAUUGUGUACGCUAGUAGAGAAUUUGGGU